AGAAUCGGGAGGCCUUCGCUAGUGCUGCAAAGACCCGAGACCAGCCCCAGCCAGGGAAGCGGAAGGGGAAAGCACCGACUCCGGGCCAGCGCAGGCCGCUCUCUCGCUCUCUUCGCUCGCUCGCUCUGUGCCCGCCGCCAUGUGGGCCGCCCGGAGGUUAGCCCUGUGGCCUUGUGCCCGCGCCGCUCCCGCCGGGCUGCGCGGCUAUCACGGGGACUCGGUGGCCUCGUUGGGCACCCAGCCGGACGCGGGCUCUGCGGUCUACCAGGAGAACUACGAGCAGAUGAAAGCACUAGUAAAUCAGCUCCAUGAACGAAUGCAGCGUAUAAAACUAGGAGGUGGUGAGAAAGCCCGAGCACUUCACAUAUCAAGAGGAAAACUAUUGCCUAGAGAAAGAAUUGACAAUCUCAUAGACCCAGGGUCUCCAUUUCUGGAAUUAUCCCAGUUUGCAGGUUACCAGUUAUAUGACAAUGAGGAGGUACCAGGGGGUGGCAUUAUUACAGGCAUUGGAAGAGUAUCAGGAGUAGAAUGCAUGAUUCUUGCCAACGAUCCCACUGUCAAAGGAGGUACCUACUACCCAGUGACUGUGAAAAAACAAUUACGGGCACAAGAAAUUGCCAUGCAGAACAGGCUCCCCUGCAUCUACUUGGUUGAUUCGGGAGGGGCAUACUUACCUCGACAAGCAGAAGUGUUUGCAGAUCGAGACCACUUUGGCCGUACGUUCUAUAAUCAGGCAAUUAUGUCUUCUCAAAAUAUUGCACAGAUCGCAGUAGUCAUGGGCUCCUGCACCGCAGGAGGAGCUUAUAUGCCUGCCAUGGCCGAUGAAAACAUCAUCGUACGCAAGAAGGGUACAAUUUUCUUGGGAGGACCCCCCUUGGUUAAAGCGGCAACUGGGGAAGAAGUAUCCGCUGAGGAUCUUGGAGGUGCUGACCUUCAUUGCAGAAAGUCCGGAGUAGGUGACCACUGUGCUUUGGAUGAUCAUCAUGCCCUAUACUUAGCUAGGAAGGUUGUGAGGAAUCUAAAUUAUCAGAAGAAAUUGGAUGUCACCAUUGAACCUUCUGAAGAGCCUUUAUUUCCUGCUGAUGAAUUGUAUGGGAUAGUUGGUACUAACCUUAAGAGGACCUUUGAUGUCCGAGAGGUCAUUGCUAGAAUCGUGGAUGGAAGCAGAUUCACUGAAUUCAAAGCCCUUUAUGGAGACACAUUAGUUACAGGAUUUGCUCGAAUAUUUGGAUACCCAGUAGGUAUCAUUGGAAACAACGGAGUUCUCUUUUCUGAAUCUGCAAAAAAGGGUGCUCACUUUAUCCAGUUAUGCUGCCAAAGAAAUAUUCCUCUGCUGUUCCUUCAAAAUAUUACUGGAUUUAUGAUUGGUAGACAGUAUGAAGCUGAAGGAAUUGCGAAGGAUGGUGCCAAGCUGGUGGCCACUGUGGCCUGUGCCCAAGUGCCUAAGAUAACCCUCAUCAUUGGAGGCUCGUAUGGAGCUGGAAACUUUGGGAUGUGUGGCAGAGCAUAUAGCCCGAGAUUUCUCUACCUUUGGCCAAAUGCACGUAUUUCAGUGAUGGGAGGAGAGCAGGCAGCCAAUGUGUUGGCCACGGUAGCAAAGGACAAAAGAACCCGGGAAGGAAAGCAGUUCUCCAGUGCUGAAGAAGCAGCUUUAAAAGAGCCCAUCAUCAAGAAGUUUGAAGAGGAGGGAAACCCUUACUAUUCCAGUGCAAGGGUGUGGGAUGAUGGGAUCAUUGAUCCAGCCGACACCAGACUCGUUCUGGGUCUCAGUUUUAGUGCUGCCCUCAACGCACCAAUAAAGAAGACUGACUUUGGGAUCUUCAGGAUGUAACUGGAAUAAAGGAUGUUUUCUGUUGGACAUGUACCAAAAGUGAACACAUGUAAUAGCCUUAAAAUUUUAGACUUUUUGUACAUGUGGCUAUUACAGUAAUUUUUUUUUAACACAGUGCAUUGUACUUUUUUCUACCUUACAAAAAUCAAUGAGUAUAUUUAUUUAAUGAACAUCAAUUCCCUUUCAAUUUUCUUAGAGAAAUUUCUCUGUGGCUCAGUUUUACCACCCAUAAAGUUGAGACAAAUUUACAGGUAUCCUUUCUGACCCACAAAGUACGAAAAGUUCUGGAAUCUGUAAGCUCAGUCUUGUAAUCUGUGUUAUUGAGAUGAUUAAUAUAAAGUUGUACUUUCACUG